AUGAAACGCUUAGAUGAAUCUGAGCUCUCCAAACCUCCCUCGAAGGUCUUGGAAGUCAUUUGUAAGCUCGGAAAAGGUUCCUAUGGUAGUGUUUUCAAAGCCAGACAUCGGUCAACAGGAACUAUUGUUGCCGUUAAGAAGGUUCCUGUUGAUAGCGAUCUUUCUGAGAUAGUCAAAGAAAUCUCAAUAAUGCAGCAAUGUGACAGUCCUUUUAUCGUAAAGUGCUUUGGGAGUCUCUUUGAUAAUCAAGACCUUUGGAUCUGCAUGGAAUAUUGUGGGGCGGGUUCGGUUGCAGAUAUUAUGCGCCUUCGUAAUAAAACGCUCACCGAAAAUGAAAUUGGAACUAUUCUGAAAUACAGUCUUCUUGGUCUUGACUAUUUACAUCAGAUGCGAAAAAUUCAUCGUGAUAUAAAAGCAGGCAAUAUUCUGCUCACAAACUCUGGAAUGGCCAAACUAGCUGAUUUCGGUGUCGCCGGUCAGUUGGUGGACACCCUUGCUAAACGCAAUACCGUCAUCGGUACUCCAUUUUGGAUGGCUCCGGAGGUCAUACAAGAAGUUGGCUAUAAUUGUUCUGCUGACGUCUGGUCUCUUGGGAUAACAGCGAUUGAGAUGGGAGACGGUAAGCCGCCCUUAGGGGAUGAACAUCCAAUGCGUGCCCUUUUCAUGAUACCCAGUCAACCAUCACCGCGUUUGCGUGAUGAGAGUGCCUGGUCUGCCAAUUUUAUUUCUUUCGUGAACUCAUGUUUGGCACGAUCACCUGAGGCACGGCCUUCAGCUUCUGAUCUCCUGCAAACGGAGUUCAUUCGAUCGGCAAAACCCUCCUCUAUUCUCCUACCCUUAAUUGAAGAAUCAAAUCGCCUGAGAGAGAAGCGUUUGAACGAAUCGAAAGCCGCGGCUUCUUCUGGUGCUGCUCUGAAUCCCUCUGGGUCAUCAAAAUUGGGUGUCCACGCAGGAGCUGAUUCCAAGUCCCCAUGCGCUUCAAAAGUUUUAGAUGUCUCCAAGAAUGUAGAUAUUGUGGAAGAGGACCUGAACAAUUCGGGAACCAUGAUUCAGCGCUCCGGUUCAUCUAGUAUGAUUAUUAGAGAUGAAUUUGGAAGACACCAGAAAGAUCCCACUGAAACACUGGUCUCUUUUAGUCAAAGCGGAGAUCACAGUGCAAACACCAUGGUGAUCAAUGAUUUGGAAGAUGAAGAAGAGUGUUCAUUGGUGAUUUACAAUGACAGUUCGAUGGUGGAGAAGGAGAAUUCGGAUACCCUAACACGCAAUUUCGCUCGUCAAGUGAAUAUCGACGAUAGGAAUGAAGAAAAUGCGAAUGUUGCGGAAGCCGUAGCGGCAGCUCAAAGAGACUGCGGACAAGCAUCUUCAUCCUCCAUGUCUAAUCCUGACCCGAGUCUUCCAUCUCAGCCACCACCAGCUAGUAAUGCACAACGCCCGUUUGCUCCCUUUUCACGAGCUUUUCAGGAGAGUGGUGCCCUACUCCAUCAGCAAAAUCAACAGCAACGGCAGUCUUCUGGCGAUAAUAGUAGUGAUCAAGCCUCCCGACAUGCAAAUGCUCUUGCUCUAGCCAAUGAACCCGGUGGGUUGGCUAAACUCUCCUACUCUCAGUUGGAACAGUUGUUAGUCAAUCUGGGUCGUGAUUUGGAGACGGAAUUGAGGAAUCUGGCCAUUCGGUAUCGUCAUAAGAGACAGCCACUAUUGGAUGCUAUUGCUGAAAAGACUACCGCGUUGUCGCCUUAA